CAGAUUCCCUUUGAUUUUCCAUAGAUAUAUUAUUAGUUUUUGAGGGACAAAGAGAAAGGAGAGAGAAAGAGCAGGGAAGAACUCUCUCAUCUUCCUCUUACUAACGUUCUAGGGUUUCUUCAUUAAUCUCAUCUAUGCAGAGUUGCAGAUCAAGAUUCUACACUCUAUUUUUCUUGGAUUUCUCAUCUUCUCCAACAUGAUCUUGAGGUUGUGAGAAAGCCCUAGCUAGUUCCCAUCAAUUGAUGGAUCAUAGUAUGUGAAUUAAUCCCAUUUUCUGUGUGAUCUUUUGUCUGUGAAUUCAAGAGUGAGAAAAAAAAUCCCAAAAAACAAAAAGAAUGGAAAUUAGUGAAAAAGAAUGUCUGAAAAGAAGCCCUUGCGAGGGAAUGGAUGAUGAAGAUGAGAGCGAAGAGCAAAACGAGUUAAGCUUCGAGGAGGCGAAAGACGGAGGGAGCUCGAGCAACAGCACGGUGGAGGAGAGCGACAAGAAGCCGCCGGUGAGGCCUUAUGUCCGGUCGAAGAUGCCGAGGCUGCGGUGGACGCCGGAGCUCCACCUGCGCUUUGUUCACGCGGUGGAAAGACUCGGAGGCCAAGAUAGAGCUACGCCAAAAUUAGUGCUUCAAUUGAUGGGCAUCAAAGGGCUGAAUAUUGCUCAUGUCAAGAGCCAUUUGCAGAUGUAUAGAAGCAAGAAGACUGAUGAAUCCAACCAAGGGCUAAAAUUCAUGGAAGGCGUAGAUCGGAACAUAUUCAAUCUAAGCCAGCUCCCUCUUCUUCCAAGCUUUAAUCAAAGGCCAAAUUCCAACCUCAGGUAUGGAGAUCCCACUUGGAUGCACAAUUCAGCAAUAGGGCUGAAUUCAAGAAGCAUAACAAGACCAGGGUUCUACACAGAGAGAUUCUUGAGCAGCCAUUACACUAGACUCCCCUCUCUCAACGGAUCAGCGUGGCGAAACGACGACGCCCGCUUGAAAGAAGAGAAAUUAGGGCUAAUUCACAAGCAAGAACCCUGGCUAGGUCAAACCAUACAAAACCCUAUUGAGAUCGACUCAUUGAAGCAAAAACUUCAAGAAAAAAGAAGCAGCCCUCCAAAUUUGACCCAAAUUCUGAGCCAAGAGAGGGAGAAAUUAGGGCUCAAGAGAAAGGCAUCCGAUGCUGAACUACUCGAUCUGAAUCUAUCACUUGGGCUCGAAUCAAGAAAUGAUGAUGAAGACGACGACAACGAUGAUGGUGACGAACACUUAGGGUUGUCGCUCUACACGUUUCCAGAACCUUCCAAGGAUCGGGUGGCGAAGAAGAUGAAGGGGGAUUUUGUAAAUGUUGGUGAUGAGAAAGCAAGAGGGGCGAGUACUCUGGAUCUGACUCUAUGAAUGUAGGUGAAAAAUUCUAAGUGAGAUCUUGAGGUACUUGUUUCUAAUGAAAAAGAUAUAUAUAUGCAUUGAUCAUUUCUGAUUGUCUUGUAGCACCAACAUUUAUUUGGUAAUAAUAUAUAGUACAAAAAUGUUUUGUUUCUCA